UAGAGGCGACUCUCCGAGGAGCCCGGUGGCUUUCCCAGCCCGAGAGACCCAACUCCUGAGCGGGCUCUUCAGGAGGAAUUGACAACAUGGCUUCCCCACCGCACCAGCAGCUGCUGCAUCACCACAGCACCGAGGUGAGCUGCGACUCCAGCGGGGACAGCAACAGCGUGACGGUGAAAAUCAACCCCAAGCAGCACCAGAGCUGCUCCUCUUCCAAGCACUGCAAGUACAGCAUCUCCUCCAGCUGCAGCUCGGGCGAGUCGGGGGGCACCCGCCGAGCCGGCGGAGGUGGCGGCAGCGGCCCCGGCCUCCGCCGGCAGAAGAAGCUGCCGCAGCUCUUCGAGAGGGCCUCUUCCAAGUGGUGGAAUCCCAAGUUCGACUCCAACAACCUGGAGGAGGCUUGCAUGGAGAGAUGCUUCCCGCAGACCCAGCGCAGGUUUCGCUAUGCCCUCUUCUACAUCGGCGUGGCCUGCCUUCUCUGGGGCAUCUACUUUGGCAUACACAUGAGAGAGAAACGGAUUGUUUUCAUGGUGCCGGCUCUGUGCUUCCUCUUGGUAUGUGUAGCGUUUUUUGUGUUCACUUUCACUAAGACUUACGCCCGCCAUUACGUAUGGACUUCGCUGAUACUCACCCUCCUGGUUUUUGCUUUGACUCUCGCUCCGCAGUUCCAGGCUCUGAAACCUAUCUCAGGAAGCGGUGACAUGUCCAAUCAGACUUCCCCGGCAGAUCCCACAGACACUUGUCUUUCUCAAGUAGGCAGUUUUUCUAUGUGUAUUGAAGUGCUCUUGUUGCUUUACACGGUGAUGCACUUACCCUUGUAUUUAAGCUUGUUUCUGGGACUGUCGUACUCGGUCCUCUUUGAGACCUUCGGUUAUCACUUCCGCGAUGAGAACUGUUUUACGCCUCUCGGAGCCGGUGCAGUUUACUGGGAGCUGUUGAGUAAAGCCUUCCUGCACGUCUGCAUCCACGCCAUCGGUAUUCAUUUAUUUAUCAUGUCCGAAGUCAGAUCGAGAAGCACAUUCCUGAAAGUGGGGCAAUCCAUCAUGCAUGGAAAAGACUUGGAAGUGGAAAAAGCCCUGAAAGAGAGGAUGAUUCAUUCUGUUAUGCCAAGAAUAAUAGCCGAUGACUUAAUGAAGCAGGGGGAUGAUGAAAGUGAAAACUCCGUCAAACGUCAUUCCACCUCAAGCCCCAAAAACAGGAAGAAGAAGCCCUCCAUACAGAAAACCCCCAUAAUAUUCCGUCCUUUUAAAAUGCAGCAGAUAGAGCAAGUGAGCAUUUUGUUCGCAGAUAUUGUUGGCUUCACGAAAAUGAGCGCAAAUAAAUCUGCCCACGCUCUGGUGGGACUCCUGAACGACCUCUUUGGACGUUUCGACCGUCUGUGCGAGGACACUAAAUGCGAGAAGAUAAGCACUUUGGGAGACUGUUACUACUGUGUAGCUGGCUGCCCAGAGCCCCGGGCAGAUCACGCUUACUGCUGCAUCGAGAUGGGCUUAGGUAUGAUUAAAGCCAUUGAGCAGUUUUGCCAAGAGAAAAAAGAAAUGGUGAACAUGAGAGUCGGUGUUCAUACUGGGACAGUCCUGUGUGGCAUUUUGGGAAUGAGGAGAUUCAAGUUCGAUGUGUGGUCCAAUGAUGUCAAUUUGGCCAAUCUGAUGGAGCAGCUCGGGGUGGCUGGAAAAGUCCACAUUUCAGAAGCUACUGCGAAAUACUUGGAUGAUCGUUAUGAGAUGGAGGAUGGAAAGGUGACUGAGCGUGUUGGUCAGAGCGUGGUAGCUGACCAGUUAAAAGGUUUGAAGACCUAUCUGAUCUCUGGUCAGAAGGUGAAGGAGCCCCACUGCAGCUGUUCACAAGCGUUGCUGCCUGGCUUGGAAUCCGGAGACGGAGCCAGGAUACAGGGAGCAUCGUCAGCCGAGAACGCCAGUGACUUGACAAAGACUCUCAAACAUGUGGAAAAACCGAAGCCUUGCCCUUCAUGUAGUACCACCCUUGCUCCCCACUGUGAUGUCAGCAUAGAUGAAGGAGCUAUCCAAAAUGGUUGUCAGGAUGAGCAUAAAAACAGUACGAAGGCUCCAGGAGGACACAGUCCAAAGACUCAAAACGGACUUUUGAGUCCUCCACAGGAAGAAAAGCUCAGCAAUAGUCAAACCUCGCUUUAUGAAAUGUUGCAAGAGAAAGGAAGAUGGGGCGGAGUGAGCCUGGAUCAAUCAGCUCUCCUUCCUUUGAGGUUCAAAAACAUCAGAGAAAAGACAGAUGCUCAUUUUGUGGAUGUGAUUAAAGAAGACAGCCUCAUGAAAGACUACUUCUUUAAACCACCUAUUAACAAGCUGAGCCUGAACUUCUUGGAUCAGGAUUUGGAGAUGGCCUACAGGACGAGCUAUCAGGAAGAGGUUAUAAAGAAUGCUCCAGUGAAGACAUUUGCCAGCGCUACCUUCAGCUCACUCCUGGACGUGUUCCUCUCCACCACGGUCUUCCUCAUACUCUCUAUCACGUGUUUCCUGAAACACGGGAUGGUCGCAUCCCCUCCACCACCUGCAGCAGUCGUGGUGUUCAUCGUCGCCAUCCUGCUAGAGGUGCUGUCCCUUGUCAUCUCAAUUAGAAUGGCGUUCUUUCUGGAGGAGGUGAUGACUUGCACCAAGCGUCUCCUGGAGGUGAUAUCUGGCUGGCUGCCUCGACAUUUUUUUGGUGCAAUCCUGGUUUCUCUCCCAGCUCUUGCAGUUUUUUCACACUUCACCUCUGAUUUUGAAACAAAUAUACAUUACACCAUGUUUAUGUGUUGCGCGAUUCUGAUCACCAUUGUGCAGUACUGUAACUUCUGCCAGCUUAGCUCCUGGAUGAGAUCUCUGUUGGCAACCGUAGUAGGAGCAGUGCUUCUCAUUCUGCUCUACAUCUCCUUGUGUCCAGACAGCUCCAUGGAAACUUUUCAUCUAGAUUUGGCACAGAACUUUAGCUCCAGAAAAAGUCCAUGCAACAGUUCGGUGCCAAAUGACACGAAGAGGCCAGCAGACCUGAUCGGUCAGGAAGUGAUUUUGGUUUCCUUCCUUCUGCUCCUCCUGGUCUGGUUUCUGAAUCGAGAGUUUGAGGUCAGUUACCGCCUCCACUACCAUGGAGAUGUGGAGGCUGAUCUUCAUCGCACCAAAAUUCAGAGCAUGAGGGAUCAAGCUGACUGGUUGCUGAGGAAUAUUAUUCCGUACCACGUGGCUGAGCAGCUGAAGGUUUCCCAGAGCUAUUCCAAAAACCACGACAGCGGUGGAGUAAUCUUUGCAAGUAUUGUGAACUUCAGCGAGUUCUAUGAAGAGAACUACGAAGGAGGCAAAGAGUGCUACAGAGUCCUGAAUGAGUUGAUUGGGGAUUUUGAUGAGCUGCUGAGCAAACCGCAUUACAGCAGCAUUGAGAAAAUCAAAACAAUUGGGGCAACCUACAUGGCCGCUUCAGGACUGAACACCUCGCAGUGUCAGGACAACAACCAUCCCCACGGACAUUUGCAGACCCUUUUUGAAUUUGCCAAAGAAAUGAUGCGAGUGGUGGAUGACUUCAACAACAACAUGCUGUGGUUUAAUUUUAAACUUAGGAUUGGCUUUAACCACGGCCCCCUCACUGCUGGGGUCAUUGGCACCACCAAGUUGUUGUAUGACAUUUGGGGUGACACUGUGAACAUUGCUAGCAGAAUGGACACCACUGGCGUCGAGUGUCGUAUACAGGUGAGUGAGGAGAGCUACCGCAUCCUAAACAAGAUGGGGUAUGACUUUGACUAUAGGGGGACAGUCAAUGUGAAGGGGAAAGGUCAGAUGAAGACCUACCUUUACCCAAAAUGCAUGGACAAUGGGAUUGUGCCACAUCACCAGUUGUCUAUAUCUCCAGACAUUCGGGUUCAAGUGGAUGGCAGCAUUGGGCGAUCUCCGACGGAUGAGAUUGCCAACCUGGUGCCUUCUGUACAGAAUUCUGAUAAGAUAGCCCAUGGCACAGAUAACUCAGAAGCCAAGGACAUCCUUCCUUCCACCAAGAAGCUCCAGAAAGACGCGGUGAGAGCAGAGGAGAGGUGCACGUUUGGCAAAGCCGCGGAGAAGACUGACUGUGAGGAAGCGGGAACUGAGGAGGUCAAUGAACUGACAAAGCUAAAUAUCUCUAAGAGUGUAUGAUGCACUGUCAGAGUUGCAUGAAGUGCUCUGUCAAUAGAAACACAAAGACAUUUGCAAUUGGCAGUUUUCUUUUUCAAGAGAGACCUUCUCAACACCUGGGUUGUACGUUUGUUUUCAUUUCAGCCCCUGGUGCUGUGUGGAUCACAGCUCUUCAGGGCUUGUUUUCAUCCAUCUCUCUCCUCCAUGCCCCAAAUCACAUCCCAAGCUCCCCAGCUCCCUGUGCAACCAUCUUACAGCUGAGUAGAGGAUAUUAAGUGCCUUCAGAUAUACUCCAUUGGACUCCCUGUCAAGGUACAGAGGCCCCAAGUGAAAUCAUAGCUUUGGGUAUUUAUCUAAUUUUAAAGAAAAGAAAAGCUGUGGUUAUAUCAUUUUUAUUGUUGUUUCUCACAAAACACUUUUUUUGGCUAAUGCAACUCCUUGGGUUUUUUAUAUCUCUCUGAACAAUGUUUUACUGUUAUCAGACCUUUUGUAUGUAAACACACAGACAAAUGUGCAUGUAUCUACCAUAUGAGACUGACAUAAAGUGCCAGUAACGUACCACAAAAGAAUGUCUUGGCAAGGGGGUGACACAAUUUGACUUUGUGUUGGGCUGGAGGAGGAGUUCUGCAGUGGCUCAACAUUUCGUUAGAGUAGGCUGAACAACUGCUGUAGUUUUAUUCUCCUUUACCAAUGCUUUCUUCAACCUUAAUGUGCCAUUGUGUGCUUUGGAUACACUUCUUUUCCAUAUAGCCAAUGAGUUACUGAUAUGUGGGAAUGGAAUAAGGGUUCGGACUUCACCAGCUCUCAGGACAGGUUUCCAGAAGCAGACGAGUGACCACGAGAGUGUUACAAUUCAGGUCUUGCGAGUCUAAAGCAGUUUCGUGUUGCUCCGUACCCUAGCUGAAUUUGUGAAGGUAGGUGAAGUUGGUAUCUCUAAGCUGGUCUGACUUGAGAGAGAGAGAAAAGCGAAAUAAAUGUUUUGGGAAUGCCUUUAUUUAUUUAUUUAUUUUAUUCCUGUUUUUCUUAUGUUUGGGGGUUUUUGUGUGCGUGUGCGGAAGGGAUCGGGAGAGACGAAUUGUUAAUUGGUUUAAUAAGAGUAAUAAGAUGGUGUUUCAGCCUCUUUGAACUACCAACCACUGUGAGGAUGUUACCUAGGCAAUAUUUGUUUCAAAGCUGGUGAAACUUCCGAAGCCACCAAAUGCAAUUGAGUAUCCCAGCUUCCCUCUGUACUGAAUUCAAUGGUGCUGCACAAUAUUUUUCAGGAUUUCCCCCACACACACACUGUGCUUUUGCAGCAGGGAAUAGAAGAGCGUGCUCCCUGCAUGCCACUGAAAGCAGGAAUAGGGAAAAAUGUCCUUUCUAGUGAGCUGAGAAGCACAAUACUUUCCCAGUCCUGCAGAUGACUCUGUGCGGGUCCCUGGGGCUGGGGACCUGCGGGAGCACAGGAACCUGCUUGCGCAGAGGGAACCGCAGGAUGGGGGCCUUAGACUAUUCCAGUUUGCCCUCUGCAUGCUUCCAUCACCGCCUUCACUUACAUUUGAUGCCCCGCUUUGGAUAAUACUAAUUAUUCAGCUGUUCCAGUUCAGCUAACUCCUUGCGACACCGAAUAAAAUGAAAGGAUUUUUAUGCCCGAAACAAGUUUGUUAGCCAGGGAAGAGCUGGUGAAGUGCGAUGCUGUGCUGUCUGCAUAUUGGUGUGGGGUUUCAUUCUUUCUUUCCAUCUCAACUAAAGUGAGAAUAUGUUGGUAACUUCUUUUUAUUCCCUAUGUGAUUUUUGGAGUUUGAGUAAUAAAUGUGUACGUUGUGAAGUUCCUAUUCAGCUAUUUGAGAUCCAUCUACACUCCACGGUCAGCACGGAGCCCUUGAAGCCUUUGUCAAAUGCAAAUCUGUGAGAUUUCUGGAUCUCGGUUAGUUAAACGAGACUCUGCACACUGUUCUCACAAAAGCUGCUGUUUAUGCGCGUCUAAAUUGCGUUUGAUAGGAAAGCUAUUUAAAAUUAAUCUUACUUGCUCAAUCUGCCAGCACACAAAAUAAAUAGGGGAUACUCAUCCCCAUGCCCUUUCGCCACAGAUGCUGUAGCCUGUUUGGGGGCUAUUCCUGACGAGCAACGAUAUAAAGUUUUUAUUAGUGCACAGUUUUACAGCAGCCUUCCUUCUCCGUAGAUGAAAACUCGUCCCCUUCUGCCCCCCUCCCCGUAGUGGGUUGCACUUCCAACUUUCAGGUAGUAUAACUCUGCAAAUACCUCUUGUAUCCGAAGAAUGUAUUCUUGAAACCAUUUUUAGGGUUCUCAUUUCAGUUAAGCGUGUGUCAGUAUUUCUUUUCUUACAGUAGAGGAGUUAACGUGUCCAGAAUUGUUUACAUGCCUUCUAGUGUUAUAUUAGUGUCUCAAAGUCGUUCAAACCUUUCUCCCUUUCACUUCUUUCUCCCAAUUUUAUAGACGACUCAACCCAGCAUUUCUCUCUCAUUGAUCAGCUGCUUGCAAUGGCAGAGUUCAGUCGAGACGCGCCGGCUUCUCUCUCGCGUGAGACACUGCACAAUAACUAAACCUCCACCAGCAACAGCCCUGCAUCCAGUGAGAGGUUUGCACCCUGUGAUUAAACCUGAAAGGAGAAGGUGCUGGAGUAGGGCCCCGGACCCACAGCGCCUUCCUUCUCGUUGUUCAAGCAAUGCACUGCAGAAUACAAAAGCCUCAUCCUCCAGCCUAUAAAGUAAAUAACGCUCCCAUGCUGUCACGGUAUGGUGCUGCGGGAGUAUUGUUGGUUUUCUGGUAACAUUAGAAUACAAAAAAAAAAAACAACCAGGGCCUCUUUUUUGUUGGCACUAAGCAAAUAAAAUGACUGAGGACAGAAGUAUUAGUGGACUCUGAAAUCAAGGGCUGUUGUCUGCCCUGGGAACUGCCGGCGACGUUACUCUGCCUUAACUCUGAAGCUGGGAAAACAGUCGUGAAAAGUUGAGUAACUAGUGGCACCCCUGUUUGCUUAUUGCCACCAGGACAGCAGCAAGCAUUCAACAGCUGAGACUGCAGGCCUUCUUUCGGAGGUUUUAAGUCUUCUCUUUAAUGCAGGGCAGUAAUGAAAUCAAGAAGCUGAGCUCUCAACGUACGGUUUGGAUAGUGAGGUUUUUCCCAGGCACAAGCAGCAAGGAGAUACCUGUUUUCUGUUGUAAAACAGUGGGAGCUGAACCUUUACACCUUCCCUUUACACCUUUGAAAAGAUGUCCCAAUACUCGCAAAAAUUACUCUGGAGGCGUUUUUAAUGGCAUUGUGGGGUUCUGCGUUCCUCUCUGCAGCCGUGACACGUGUGUGCUUGCAGGAGGCCUUGAUCAAAGUUCACUGCAUCAAAAUACCUUUUGUGCUUGUUCUGUUAGUGCCAGCACAAUUCGAACACGGCGUAAAAGUUGAGGAGUUGGCCAGGUAGAAGCUGCGCUUCCUAUUUUUAGGGUGUUUUAAUGGUGAUAAUUUAAAAAUUAUCCGGCGGGGGGGGAGGAGGGGGAAGAUUGUUGAAUAUUUGCUAGCCCCGCGUUGCCUUCUGCCACAGGUCACUUGUGGGAGCCGCUCUAGAGCGUAGAGUAAUAAGGAAUAUGCUGAACAUAUUCUGCAGUGUCGUCUUAAUCUGCUGGUAACACCCAAAAAUGCUUAUUUUUCUCCCAGCUACUUCUGAGAGACAGAUUUCUCAUUCAAAAACAAGUAAAUGGCAUUCCCAUUGAUUUACUUCUGGCGUUUAUGAUUUUGAGAAGAACAGAUUUGCCUGUUAUUUCCCCAGAUUUGGGGCCGUUCCCCUUCGCUGGAGGUAACGCGAGCGCUGCGCGCAGGGCGGGACGGUGCCGCUGCCUGACUGCAGCUCCUGUUGUGUCCUAAUACGAAGCGCAGGAGGAUUUUGACGUGACAAAAUGAGGAGGGGAGAGGAUGGAUUCCCCAAGGGCUUUACAAAAAAAAUAAGUAUUUGGAUACUCUUACUUCAGGGCUAAAACACAGAAAGGAGGCGCCCGGAGCAAAAAUGAAAGGAGCUAUAAACCAAACACUGUACCCAUACCAGCUUUUAGGUAAAGAGCAGCUUAUUCUUGAUUAAAGAGCCAAGCUUUUAGGGUAUCUACCAUUUUAAAAUUGCUAACUCUAACCUGUUUCUAAAACUUUAAUUCUGAAUACGACAAAAAAAAUGUUGCAAGGGAGCAGUUACUAACUUCAUGCCUUUUAUUUUGCAACAUCGCAAGAGGCUGAGGGCGCCUGAGGUUGGUUAUAAUGCGAUCAGCUAUUUAACUGUGCAGCUUGGGGUGGGGUUUUUUGCCAAAUUUAAAGACUCUGUCUGUUUUCUCCCUUCUUCCCUGCUGUGGUCUUGUUUGCUCGGUCUGGACGGGAUGCGCAAGUGGUUCUUGCCUCCCUGCUCCUCACCUUUGCUAAACUGUGUCUUCCGCAAUGCACAGCAGCGUUUGAACUCCGCUGCUGCCAGGCCGUGGCUUCAGAUGCUGCUCUCACUGCUGUUUGCCUCUCUAUUUCCUCAUAUAAAGGGGAAGAGUACGUUUGAUUUGAUAUCUUGGUCCAUUUGUGCGGUCACAGCUGCAGCUUUCUCCUUGUCUUGUUCUUAAGCUGCUUGACAGAAGAUACAGAAGAGCAGCAGGCACAUACCAGUAGUUAAAUUUAAGAGCUCUGUGAAAAAAUACAUUUUUCAUCACACCAAAAGUGGGAAAAAAGUUUUAUUACUCUUGAGUUUUAGCAAGCGUGCAAAAGCAGAAGAGGGUAAGAAAUAGAAUCCCAGUGUUUGCUGUCAGUGUUGGGAUUCGCUGAAGCAGCGUUCUUUCAAGUCCUGUUUUAGUUAAAUAUUACAAAACUGCUAAAAAUGCAGUAAUUGUUUAUUUGAUGUGACUUUCCCAAUUGCUGAAGAUGUCGCAGGGGUGGUUUGACUGUAAAUACAGAAUGAUUUUCACAUGGAAAGAGAAACGGUCGAGGUAAAGGUGCAGGGAUCCCCCAGUGCCGUGGUGCUUCCAUCUCGAUGCCCAGGAGCCGCGAAAACCCAGCUGGGGUCUCGGAGUAAUCCUGAGACUUGGCUAGCUGUAUGUGGAACGUCAGUUUGGGCAGGAAAGUCAGUCAUUCCAGCGUUUUUGUCCUUUCAAGUUCUCUAUACAGGCUGUAGCAGUCCUUGUUUUGAUUUCUAGGGGAGCAACAUUUAAGGGGAAAAACCGGCAUUACCGUUCGCUGUUGCUGGGGUUAUCGUCCGCAGGCAGUGGCGGUAGGAUUCUGCAAAGUCCCGUAAAAAAGUUGGAAAUUGUGACCGUUACGGACUAAUUCCUGCGGGCGCUGUAGUUGUCCAGUGUUUAGUUUGAGUGGUACAACGGUCUGAAGAUUUUCCAGUCAAGAGCUGUGAAACGGUGAACCAUUUUCUGCUAAAAUAUACCAAAAAUGGAAAGGAGACUGGAGAGGUGGAAGACCGUGGUCUGCAGAAAUGCAGCGUGAGCCGUGUAGGGUACGGCGCAACGAUGGGGUUUUUGGCUCGCUGUGCAAACGUACGUGGCGUGGGCGAUGCUCUGUACGGUAACAUGCGCUUCCAGGGCUGAAAUAGGUGAGAAAAGGAGAAGGUGAAAGUGAAACGCGGCGUUGGGUCGCUCUUAAGGCUGAUCUUUAGUUUCCGGGUGCGAUGGCUUUGCUGGCUGCUGUAGGGGGGGGUUUCUCGGGCGUGGGGCAGAGCCCUGGCUUCCCAGCAGGCCGAGCAGAGCACGUUCCCUGUGGUGGGAUCAGGGAGCCUUAAAAUGGGCCUGUGGGGUUUUUUAAAUCUACUUUAACGCCACCCUCUGAACUCUGUCCAGAGUGAUGAGAAGGAGCUUUGUCAGUGAAAAUCGGACACCAGGAGCUUCUUGUCGUUGUCUGACUGGAGUUCAUUUAAAAUCAAACGUCCGGCUCUGAAGAGGUUCAAGUAGAAAACCAAAUAGGGGUGAAAUAUAUUGUGUCUUCACGGCGGCUUAGUUCGAGUGGUGCCAUGAGGAAGAGUUCUGAGGUGCUUUAUAGACACUGGGUAAAGCUCUGGUAGAAAAAAAAAUAAUGCAAGUUUUCUGCAUAAAACCUUUUUCAAGUCUUUAUCAGGCGAGCUAAGCUUCUGUCUUCAGCCCAGAGCAGUGCUGUACGACGCCUAUAGAAGCGUUUGCUACUCACCUUCGAGAGACAACGUUAGCUUUUGAGAAGGAGGUUUAUUUUGGAAAAAAUAGAUCGGUAGAAGAUAUUUAAAGCUUUUCUUCCCUUGUGCUUUAUUGUGGCUGCUGAACGUUCCCCCGCCUAACGGAGCCGCCCAGCCCGAGGCUGGCGAGGAGCAGGAGGCAGGCGCCCGGCGUUUCCACCCGCGCCGCUCCAGAUGCAAUACGUUUAACAUCGCUUUUAGCAGCUGUUCCACACGCGCGUCUCCGAGUCGGGAAUUGGUGUCGAGGAAGUAGUCGUUCGUGUUUUCACACUUCUGGAAAGGCCCCGAGGCUGCCGUGUCGGCUUCUCGCGUCUUAGCCUUUACGUGGUUUGUUCCGCUUUCUCCCUGUUUUCUGGCUCACUGCAGCAACACGUAUUUUAAUCUCCAGAAGAGAGAGCGUUCACUGAAUCUGAAGAACUGCAGAGAAGGUCUGGGAAGGCUGGGAACAGCUACUAAAAUUUUAAGUUUCAGCUCUAACCGGUGCCGCUCUAACCAAUUUCUCAUCCGGCGAUGAGCGGCGAUGCGCAGUGAAAGUCAGAGCCGAGCGUCCCAGCGGGUGACCGCUGCCAGCCCCGCCGCUCACACGUCCCCGAUUUGAGCGUCGAUUCUCGAGUCGUCCUUUGGAUGAGUCAAAACAAAGCGACUUUCUUGAGUUUUUCCUUCUUUUCUCCCUUAGCCACUCACGUCUUCACUUGUUUCUAACUUAAUGUAUUGGCUAAAUAUUAGUUUGCGGUUGACAGACGGUUUGUAUUGAUUCGUUGUUGAAAGAUUUAAGCUCGGGGCAGGGAAAAUGCAGCGUGUGGUACAUCUGCGGGUACGCCCAGAGGGAAAAUGCCUCUUUCUUUGUCUUUGAAACUUUGCCUUUAUUCGAGUGAGACCAGAGCUUCAUUUGUGAUUUCUUUCUAAUAUUAGCUGUAUAACUCCGUCUUGCUGUUGCCCCUAGAAAUUGUCCGAAGGAGGGGCUUUGCAGUAUUGCAGUGGUCUGCUCUACAUCGCUGCCUGAACCAGGAUUUGGCCACCGUGCAGGUACCGGCACGGUCCCACCGGCACCGUCAGACGUUUCUCUUCAUGCAUAGUAGGAGUCCACAGUUGCCAGAGUAACCUUCUCCCCGAUUUAAUUCCUUACUUCUAGUUUUCAGAGACCAUUGCGGGGGGCAGGGAGGGGAGAGAGAGAGAGAUGCUGAGACAGAGACUUGUUAUACCCUACUGCGAGUACAGCUUUAAACUUCCAAAGUAAUAAACUCUUUAAAGCCAAGAGCCUUAACAGUUCCACACGUCUGCUGAGAGACAAAACACCGUUUCAAGUUUGCGCUGAAUAUUUGGGAAUUUUUCUGCUCGAUGGCGGGUGUCUCCUAUUUGCGAGGAGGCAGCGGCAGUAUCCAAAGAUGAUAAGGACCUUGGCCACCCUCACCGAAUUACCCAGGAAGAGGCAGACGGGCUCUCCCCUUGUGCUCUCAGGAAAGUCGCCUCGCUCCCCAGGGCUGGCGUGAUGGCUUUAUAUAUUGCAUUGCUCGGAAAAGCUCCUUCUUUCCGUGAAACAGUAUUUUUUAACUUUGCAUAAAAAGCUGUCUUCGCUGGUGGCGGGGGCUGGAUUCCUCCUUUCCCACCCCCCCAGGCUCUUGCGGUCCCGCGGCAUUGAGAUGGGAGAAGGCAGAGAUGUAGAUGAUGGGAAAGCCGGGUGAGUCGGGCAGGAGCUGGACGUGCCCCUGGAGCCGGACCCGGCAGAGGGCCGGAGCUGAGGAGCCGCCGUGUCAGUCCCGCAGCAGUGCCCGGGCAGCGGCGGGCUUGGGCAGCCGCGGGCUGGCGAGUCGGCCCCCCUCAGCUGGCGAGGCGGCGGAGGUUGGCGCAGGUUUGCUCUGGGGGCAGCGUCCCGCUGCCCUGCUCGGUUGAGCCGGUCCACGGUCAGCCCGACGGCUGUCGGGUGCCUUUGUCAAUACAUCUUCCCUCCCGGCCUGUUGGCUUCGGCUCACGUUUUCACGUGAGCAGAUUUCAGCUGGUUAUUAAAAGCGUGCACUAGAAAUGGAGGCGCUGCUGUCUGACCACGGCCGGGCUGCACGGAGGGUUCGGGGUUGGGUUUGGGUCUGUCUGACCUCAGUUUAUACAGUAUUGCACCUACACGUGACCCUAUAUAAGCAAUCGCUGCGCGUGAAGAGCUGCGGUACCCGAUCACAAACAGCCUGUGAGAGAUUAUUUUCAAAGUGAGAAGCUCAAAUUCAGGGUUGGCUUUGGUUUACCGAGUAGCUGUCAGCUGGGCAGGGGUGCGGGGCCGGUGCGGACUCUGACCAUCCCCUGCUUUCUUUAAAAGCUGCCUCCGCAGUAUUAGCCGAGCCUCCAGCACCGCCUGGCCGUGCGUAAGCACGCGCCGAGAUUGUACAGAAAGCGUUAAUUGAGAACGUUGUCGAAACGUUAUUGAAUUACGAAUUGAAACAUUAAUUGAGAACAGUUUCCAGUUAAAAAGAGGGAGGAGAAGAAAAAAAAAAAAAAAGCAGGCAAAUUAAAACAUUUUAAAGUCUCCAGGUUAGCUGGAAAUUGUUUCCUCAUGACGUCUCUGUUUUCUUUCUCUUCCCACCCCGGCGAAGCCCGUGUUCCCGCUACCUUCUCCCCUCCCUUCUUGCAAAAAGAGAGAGAACCGGUCUGUUUACACACACCGCUGGGGGAAGCUGGCAGCUUCUGCCGGGGGCUUUGCUGGGGGACGGGGCUUCCUCGCAGCGGCUUCACUGUAAAUAUUCUGCCUGUGCUUCGUUGAGAAAACUGAAAUGGAAAAAAAGUUGUAUCUGUGAAAUAUUAAGCUAUAUAUGUAUAUAGAUAAAACACGUAUUAUCUCUGACUCGUUACUACGGCUCUGUAAUCAAUUGUAUAUUAAACUGUUUUACUGUAUGG